GUGAUUAGAUAUUUAUAUUGAUAAAUUAGAUGGCUCAGAUGUACUGUAUUUAUUUGUUUUGUUUUAUUACUUUCAAUUUCAAGAAUUUCUUAGAAACAACCGAUGUCAUUGGAUCACAUGAUACACGAGACACAUGGGUGCUUUUAAACAAAAACAGUACAACAACAAAUACCAGUUCUGAACUUCUGAAAUCAACUGAGAGCAUUGCACGCAGACUCCGGGAUGAAAGCAUCUCGAUAAUAACAAACACAUCUUCUCUCAAUAAAACUUCCAUUACUGCUCCCUUUUCUGGAACAUUUGGAAAAAAAUUAACUACCCAAAUAAAUAUUCCAGCGACUAGUACACAGACGUCCCUCACAGUCAUAAUUUCUUCAGCUUUUAACAAUGUCUUACCUGUUCGAAAUCUUACCAACAAUAACAGCAGUCAGACUGGCACCAGCAUCAAUGGAGAUGUAGUACUGAUUGAGACAAACUCCACAAUUAACAACAUUUCCCUCUCUUUUGACAUCAAAAAUAAUACACUGGGAAACCCUCAGUGUGUCUUUUGGAACUUUAAUCUUCUGAAUGACAUUGGGGGAUGGGACUCAACUGGAUGCCAACUAAAGAAAUUAGGAAAUGAAACUGAAAGAAUUACGUGUGAGUGCAAUCACACAACCUCUUUUUCAAUCCUGAUGUCACCAUUUACCCUGGAUAAAAACUUAGCAAUAGUCUUAGACUAUAUAACUUACAUUGGUGUGGCCAUUUCAUUGGGCAGCUUGGUUUUGUGUCUCAUCAUUGAAAUGAUUAUAUGGAAAUCAGUGACAAGAAAUGACACAUCCUACAUGCGCCAUGUCUCCAUAGUUAACAUCGCUGUCUCCCUUCUGAUUGCGAACAUAUGCUUCAUCAUUGGAGCAGCAGUUGUAACGAAAGGAGUGGGUCCCUGCAGUACAGCGACAUUCUUCAUGCACUUCUUUUAUCUUGCCCUUUUCUUCUGGAUGUUGCUGUCAGCACUCUUGCUCCUCUACCGCACCCUCAUGGUCUUUUCCAGACUGACCAAAGGAGCAAUGAUGGCCAUAGCCUUCACUGUUGGCUAUGGAGCCCCAUUAAUCAUAGCUGUCAUUACUGUGGCCUCUACAGCUGGAAGUCAAGGAUACAUUCAAAAAGAUUACAAUUGUUGGCUAAACUGGAGUAAAACGAAGGCCCUCCUGGCAUUUGUGAUUCCUGCUCUGACUAUUGUAGCUAUAAACCUCCUGGUGCUUAUUGUGGUUCUGUGUAAGAUGUUGAGGAGAGGAGUUAAUGCCACCACUCAGCCAGAUGAGAAACAUCCCCUAAUGGUCAUUGCUAGAUGUGUGGCAAUUUUAACACCUUUCUUUGGUCUAACGUGGGGAUUCGGCAUUGGGACCAUGGUGUCACCAAACUUUGGGAUUCAUGUGGUGUUUGCGUUCCUUAAUUCACUGCAGGGUUUCUUUAUUUUGCUGUUUGGAACAUUACUGGAUAGUAAGGUUCGAGAAGCAUUGGCACGAAAGUUUUCACUAAGGAACUUAAGCUCUAUUCGUACCAGGAGUACGAGUGCAGGACCUUCAUCCUCAAGUGGAUUUCCUUUUUUUCAGAGGUUACGGCAGAGAAAUGUGUACAAUGCAUCGAGUGCCGAAAUGUCUUCAAGCAACUCAGAUACAGCUACUGACAGCUAUGCUGCUAGGCCCAUGUUAUAAGAGUCUGUUUAACUGCAAACAUCAUACAUUAUACAGUAUAUUUGCAUGCAAAAUAAGAAAAGCUUUUCAUUGUUUAAGUGGUUGUUGUUAAUAUAUAAGAAAAUGAAAAUGAAUAAAUAAAAAAGAAAAUUAACAAGUAGAACUCGACAGGGAUGCAAACAAGUUUAGUCCUUCUUGUUACUAGUUUGCAUGCCUGAAAUACCCUUAAAUAUACUUUAUCAGUUCAGUCUGCUAUGAGAUUGUUUUAAAAUUCUUUAAGUUCAUUGGCUGGUUACAAUUGUAUUUCCAUAUAUAUCACAAAACCAUUCAACCAAUCAUUCUAGAGAUAUCACCCUUACAAGGGUCCGUAACAGCCAGAUGGACAGACAACCCAA